AUGGGGGGCGCCGCCGGAGCAACCGUCGGCAUCGCCAUCGUCAGUAUCUUCGCCAUCGUCAUGCUAACCGUCUUCUUCGGCUUCCUGCCCCUUGAAAUAAUCGUCGGGGUCGUUGGUGGGUCCAUCUUUCUCGGCGGAGUUAUAUACGUCUUGCACAGAACACGUGCUACCUGGACACCGUGGGGCCCGGCUUUAGUUGUCUGGUGGCGAGAUGUGAGGACGAGAGGGAGGGAGAGGCGGGUUAGGGAGAGGGAGGAAAGGGAGGAGAGGAGGAUUAGGGAGAGGGAGAGGAGGAGGGCUGCGUUGGGGCCUAUUGCUGUGGAGGAGAUGGGCGUUCCCGAGCGGGUGCAUUUGAGGGGUUGGUGA